AUCUCUCAUUGGACGCUUAAUAUUGCAGUACACUUGAAGAAGCUUACGAGGCCAAAUCUUUUUUAAAGACAUGGCUAACGGGAAAAUAUGAUCGAAAGAAUCAUCAUUUUGGAGCGACUUACUAAAAUUUAUUAAACAAAUAAAUCAAUCGAUUACACAAAAUCGACAAAGACCUUAGGUUUCUAUUAUAAUUCGUUUGAAUAGCGCGUGAAACAAUAGAAGAGGGUUUCAUAAUGAUGAAAUUGAACAAUCCAUUUGAGUAGGACACCCAACAUAGAGCAUGACUUGAAUUUUUUCAACCUAUGAUACUUAUUAAAGGAUUUCAAGGAAAAAGAGAUUAAAUAAUCAAUUAUUGUGUUCCAUGCAAUACAUAAAAUACUAAUUGCAUUUACUUCACAAUGCAUAGGUUUGUAUUUUUUUUAGUCCAAAUAAAAAAGAUAGUUAGAACAAGCACUACCCACACUUCCUCCCCACUCCACUAACAAAUCAACUUAGAAAGUCAAAAAAACCUAACUCUAACCGAGACAGCAAUAAGGCUUUAUGUGCCACUCUAUGGGCAAUCUAGUUGGAAGUCCCUGGAACCUUCCUAAAAUCUAUAAAAUGAGACAAAGACCCAAGAAUAAGCAUACAAUCUCGAAGGAGAGGGCCACCAACGGAAUCCUCCACUGCUCCAAGGCUAAGUUGGCGAAUUACUACUACUGCAUUGCCAACAAUGAUGACACGAGGCAAACUUCUAGAUGAUGCAAGCAAGAUCGCAUCCCGAGCUGCAAGGAGCUAUGCAAGGUAUGUGUUCGAGAUCCCCUAAUGCUGAAAACCCGAGGCAAGCAACACAUGACCAUCCGAGCCACGAACCACAAUGUCAGGCGAGCAAUUAGAGGCUUGGACAACAACAUAAAAAAUGACCUUUAGAUAAUCUUGAGGAGGGCAUUCCUAGUGCUGGCUUGAUGAGGCAGGCACAUGAGGAUGAACAGAUGGGGCAGACGACAAGGAGGAGAGCACUUCACGGACUUGAGAGGAGAACUGGCUGGCAAGCGAACAAACACGAGGUUGGGUAUUAUCAAAUACCACUUUAUUUCUUGAUUUACGUAUUCUCCACAAGAGGCAAACCAGUAUUGGGAACAUACUUGGAGAAUAUGGGUUUGGGAGUGCUAUGAUAGCAUAACUUGACGCUACCACCCACUAAAAUUCAUUAUUGGGGCCAAAACCAGUAUGUCACUUAAUCCUACAAAGUACCAUAACAUGUUGGCAAGGGGGCAAUGAAUGAACAAAUGUUCU